ACUACAGUAUCUCUAUUUAGUUUUUGGUCUUUACUCUUUAUUUAGACAUUAUAAAUAAAUAUAAAAUCUGUGGUCACUACGGCACGCUUCCCCCGACUUUCUCUUCACCUCUCCUUUGGCUGGCCUGUCCGCCGCAAAUAAAUUAUACUAAAUAAAGAAAGCCUAUAGCAUCCGCUCGUCUGUCAGCCAGCCACGCCCGCCACAAGGCCACACCGCACCAAAUAUUACACCUCUCUUUUUAGUUUGUGCACAGCACAGCACAACUCCGUCGUCCGUCGCUUGCCUGCCCAAAAUCCAUCCCGACAAUACCUCAGUAUCACCUUCGUCUAACAUCUUUUUUUUUGUUAUUCUUCAAGUUUUAAGAAUAACCAUUCACGCAGAUUGAUAUCGCAUAUCCAACUUAAAGAAACUAGCACCACAAGUAUGCCGGCCAGUAACAUCGAUUUGUACCACAUGCAAGACGCCAGAAAUAAUUUCGAUGCCAUGCGACCUGCACCAGUUUGUGCCGAUGCCAAUCAGUUUAUGGGCCAAUGUCAGAAUAUUCACAUAUCAACAAACUGUUACUACGGAUUCCAUGACGCCAAGAGAUCAGAAACUAACCAUGUCACGACUGAUUGCGAAAUGUUCGACGUACCACAUGCCAAUAAUAUAGUCCCAGCUCAAUCGAAUAAUAGAAAAAGAAGUGCAGAUGACAUUGAAUAUCCUCAGAGCAAGCGUCAUCGUGAAGAGGGUAUGGUGCCACCAACUUCCAACAGCAACCCAUGCUUACUACGGCCAACCCACAACAAUCCAGAUAUAACUCGUUGUCUCAUGGUCCAUAUGAUUUAAUCUCUACAGCUAUAUAUACAGGAACAUAAACCUAAUUCAGCAAUGUCAAUUUUAUCUGCAGAAGUACAAAGAGAGAGAAACAUAGAACCUGAGACAAAUGAGAACAAGAUAUUGGAAGAGAAUUCAGAAGACUUAUUGGAGACUUUGUACUGGAACAUUCACGGCGGGAACAUAUUUCAUAUAGCUCAGUGUAUUUGAUGUGUG